UUAUUUUUCUUGUUAAGUUUAGAAAUUACAUAGUAAAAAUCCAUAUAUAUUCUUAGGGUUUAGUAGCCGCCAAAAGCAAAUAAUUAAUCACACAUAUAUGUUCUCUCUAUUGCGAUUGCCACCAAAAAGUAACUGUUUUUGUUGGUCUUAAAAAAAAAAGAAAAAACCCUAAUGGUACAAAUUAACUAACAAAACACAAAAAAUGAAGAGAGAUAAAUUAGAGAGAGAAUCGUGGGUUUAGAAGUUGGGGGUUUCACGGAGAUUAAUUAGCCUACUAAUUCCUCUUCUCUCCAUAACUGAUUCCUCAUUAAUCUCUCUCUCUCUCUUCAUAUAAUCUCAAAACACACACUCACUCUCCAACUCUCCAACUCUCCAACUCUCCAACUCUCUCCUACUUCAUUCUUCCCAUUCUCUCUGUUUCUUCUUCUCCCUUUCUUCCUCUCUUCCUCUCCAAUGGCUGCUCUCACUUACUACUCCAAUUUCUACUCUCCUGACCCUUCUCCAUACUAUCACCAUUUCCACUAUUUCUCCCCUGAAUUCUCCCCUGAUCUUUCUUAUGUCCCUCCCCCUCAGCUUCUCAACCACCCCGCUGCCUUCGAUUACGUCGACGAUUCUCUUUUUUACCCCACUGCUGAUACUCUGUUAUUCGAUGAUGCCCUUCCCUUUCUCUUUUCCGAUACCUAUCCCUGUUUCUCUGCUCCCUCCGUCGAUGAAUUCCUUCCCGUCUCCUCCCAAUUCUUCCCUUUUGAUGAAUUUGAAUUUCAUUGCCCCAAACGUCAGAGGGCUGUGUUCGAACACAGUUUUUGUUGUGGCGGUGGUGUUGGUGAUGGUAAUGUAGGUGGUGGAGGAUCAGGAGCAGGAGCAGGGUUCUUUCCUUCUCCUCCUCCUCCUCCUCCUCCGUUGGCGGAGGUUUUUUCGGGUCCUUGGGAUUCUAGAAUGGACAAUGCUGAAAUGAGGAAUGAUUGUUUGAAGAGCCAACCGUCGCCGGCGCCGUCGAGUCAUAAUAACUUAUCAGCCCAGACGAUUGCUGCCCGGGAACGGCGGAGAAAGAUUACGGUGAAGACGCAGGAGCUCGGAGAGCUGGUUCCGGGUGGGAGUAAGAUGAAUACUGCUGAAAUGCUGAAUUCUGCUUUCAAAUAUGUGAAAUUCUUGCAAGCACAAGUUGCUAUUUUGCAACUCAAGCAAGAAACAGAGCAAGAAGGACAAGAAACAGAGAACCUUGAGAUUCUUGAAUCCACAAUGAUUCAAGAGAAGUUAUACUCAGAAGAAAAAUGUUUGGUUCCAAAAGGGUUCAUCCAAAAUCUUGCAGAUUUCCCUGAAAUUCAGUCCCAUCCAUCCAUUUUCAAUUCCAUCAAUAAGAUCCUUCACAACAGCAGCUAGCAAAAAACCAAAAAAGUUCAACGUUGAUCAGAUGUAGAAGCAGAGUAGCUUGUUCAUCAUUUUGUUUUGCUAAUUGUUGUUGUAGCUAAUCCAAGUUUUUUAAGAGUUUUUGUUUUUAAUUUUUAACCAUUUAGUUUAGAGUUAUAGAGUUUAGUUUCGAUCAGAUGCUAACCUCAUGUUUAUGAUUCAUUAACUGUUGUUUGUAAAACUUGUCCAUUUGAUUAAAUGAAACCCCUUUCCAUUUUCUUCCAA